UGGUGCAUCAGAGAUUUCUGAACGGUCCGGGAACUGCCUCAUUAUUAACUUUUACAGUAUUUUUGUAAGUUAAUUCUUACGUCUUGGCCUGUACUGCUGCCUGAAAACAACAAACUUUAUGACAAAUGAGUCUGAUUCCUGCUGGUCUACACUGACAGCCGGGAGGGGAAUCUCCCCGGCAGCGGGGCCACCCCCUCUCUCGCCCUUCCGCCCCGCACCCCGGCCGCGGGGCCACCCCCUCUCUCGCCCUUCCGCCCCGCACCCCGGCCGCGGGGCGACCCCCUCUCUCACCCUUCCGCCCCGCACCCCGGCCGCGGGGCGACCCCCUCUCUCGCCCUUCCGCCCCGCACCCCGGCAGCGGGGCCACCCCCUCUCUCGCCCUUCCGCCCCGCACCCCGGCCGCGGGGCCACCCCCUCUCUCGCCCUUCCGCCCCGCUAUCCGGCCGCGGGGCGACCCCCUCUCUCGCCCUUCCGCCCCGCUAUCCGGCCGCGGGGCCACCCCCUCUCUCGCCCUUCCGCCCCGCUAUCCGGCCGCGGGGCGACCCCCUCUCUCGCCCUUCCGCCCCGCACCCCGGCCGCGGGGUCACCCCUUCUCUCGCCCUUCCGCCCCGCUAUCCGGCCGCGGGGCGACCCUCUCUCUCGCCCUUCCGCCCCGCUAUCCGGCCGCGGGGCCACCCCCUCUCUCGCCCUUCCGCCCCGCACCCCGGCCGCGGGGCGACCCCCUCUCUCGCCCUUCCGCCCCGCUAUCCGGCCGCGGGGCCACCCCCUCUCUCGCCCUUCCGCCCCGCUAUCCGGCCGCGGGGCCACCCCCUCUCUCGCCCUUCCGCCCCGCUAUCCGGCCGCGGGGCCACCCCCUCUCUCGCCCUUCCGCCCCGCUAUCCGGCCGCGGGGCCACCCCCUCUCUCGCCCUUCCGCCCCGCUAUCCGGCCGCGGGGCCACCCCCUCUCUCGCCCUUCCGCCCCGCUAUCCGGCCGCGGGGCCACCCCCUCUCUCGCCCUUCCGCCCCGCUAUCCGGCCGCGGGGCCACCCCCUCUCUCGCCCUUCCGCCCCGCUAUCCGGCCGCGGGGCCACCCCCUCUCUCGCCCUUCCGCCCCGCUAUCCGGCCGCGGGGCCACCCCCUCUCUGCCAUCGCCAUGCCGUUCCUGGAGCUGGAGACGAACCUGGCAGCCGAGCGCUUCACCGAGGCGCUGGCGGAGCGGCUGUGCCGAGCGGCGGCCGACAUCCUCGGCAAGCCACGGGAGGUGAGAGAAUCAAUGUCACCGUGAAGCCAAACGUGAUGAUGUCAGUUGGAGGGAGCAUGGCACCGUGUGCACAGCUGACCGUGUCUGCUAUUGGGGUGGUGGGCACUGCCGAGCAAAACAGGGAGCACAGCAGCAAGUUCUUUGACUUCCUCACCAAGGAGCUGGGCUUGACUGCAGACAGGAUCCUGAUUCGAUUUUAUCCAGUGGAGAGCUGGCAAAUUGGGAAAAAUGGUACCGUCAUGACCUUCCUGUAGACAAAUAAUGGACUCAGAACCUUGUGUGUUGGCCUUAAUCGCCAGCCAUUUGUAAACCUGUUAGGGGGAUCAUUAUUAAACAUUUCCAUUGAUUAUAUCAAACUGACUGAUACUUAUUCAGAGGGCCAGGGUGAGAGGUAAAGCGGCAAUUGGGUUGUCCAGAUGUUCGUAACAAAUUUGGUUCAGUGAGUAAACAACAUGGGAGAUCAUGCCUCAUGAGUUUUUUGAAGAAAGUCAAUGAGGUAUAUGUAGUCUGUCAUAUCAGAAUUAAACUCCAUUUGCCAGAGUAAGAUUCUUGAGGAUGUUCUGCAUGGGAUGGAGGAAGAGCUAGCUAAUUGGCUUGAUGGUAGGAAGCAGAGGCCAGCGGUGGAAGGUUGGUCCAUGGGCGUUGUGGUGGGCUCAGUGAUUUGGAUGAGAAUGUACAAGGUGUGUUGUUAGUAAGUUUGUAGACGACACUAGAAUAGCUGAUAACACAGACAGUGAAGAUAGUUAUCAGGAUUUACUGAGCUAUCUUUAUCAGCUGGGCAAGUGGGAUGUGAAAAGGCAAAUGGAGUUUAAUUCUGAUCAGUGUGGGAUGUUGCGUUUUGGGGAGGCAGAUGGAGGCAGGACUUUCACAGUGCACGGUAGGGCCCCGGAGAUUAGAGGACCUAGGAGCCAAUGACACCAGUGUUAGCUGAUUCACAGGUGGCUCGGAGUUACCACGUAGGGCACCUGGUUGAGUGGUGCUGGCUCAACAUCAGUAAAGCUAAAGAGUUGAUUGUUGACCUUUCAAAGGGGAGGUAGUGUGAAUAUGCACUAGUCCACCCCAGAGGCUUGGCACUGGAGCAAGACAGCAGCUCUCAAUUUUUGGGCUCGAACAUAACCAGUCCUGGACCCAACACUUGGAUGCAAUGACAGUGAAGACAUAGCAGCAUCUUUAGGCCAUAGACACAGGAGCAGAAUCAGGCCGUCUGGCCCAUCUAGUCUGCUUCACCAUUCAAUCAUGGCUGAUCCUUUUUCCCUCUCCUCAGCCCCGCUCCCCAUCUUUCUCCCCAGAACCUUUGAUGCUGUGUCCAAUCAAGAACCUAUCAAGCUCUGUCUUAAAUAUUAAAAACCCAUUGGCUUGUGGUAAGAAAUUCCACAAAUUCACCAUCCUCUAGCUCAGGGGUAUGCAACCACAUCCGGCUUGCAAAGGUAUUUUGACCGGCCCACGAACAAAUACUGGGAUACGAUGCUUAUCCGGCCCGCCAGCGAUUUUUCCUUUUCCUGAGUGUUUCACGCGACCACACGGAUGGACGUGCAUGGCGUCUUGUUUCACUGGCCCCAGGUUCCGUUUUGUUCCAAACCAAACACUGGUAUAUAUGAAUGAUGGGAAGGCAGACUACCUUAUUAAUAUGUAUUAGAUACUCUCUGUGCACGCGCGGGUUUUUAGACAGGAUAGUUCAAAUUGUAAACAAACAGCAUCGCUGUGUUUUAACAAAAAAUCCACACUAAAUAUCCAGAUAUGUGCUACGAUGAAUAACUCGCGUUUUGAAAUAAAAUCGAAGAAAAAAGUUCCAAUGGCAAUGAAUACAAAACACAGGAAGGUAGACACUGAGUGCCGACAUUUCCAAGACGUGGACACUAGAUUACUUCUUCAUCGAGCAAGCUGGGAAACCGGUUUGUCUCAUUUGCCUAGAAUAUGGUGCUGUGAAGAAGGGUGCAAGUAUCAGGCGACAUUACAAGACCCACCACAGUGGAACUUUAACAAGUUUACUGGGCAAGCCAGGAAAGAUGAAGUUGAGCGAAUGAAGGAUAGUUUCAGAAAACAAAUUUCAUUUUUUGCCAUGAAAAGCAGUGAAAAUGAAGGAAAUACCUGUGCCAGCUACGAACUCUCAAAACGUCUCAAAAAGUGGACACUACAUUAGACAUUUUUCAAAUGGAAUUUAUUGAGAUGCAGUGUGAUGACACACUGAGAUCGAAAUUUCUUUCUGAAGAUGUAUCAGUGCUUGACUCUUCCGUGUGGGAAGUAUCCUAACUUAGUGGACCAUGCAAAAACGACAGCAUCAUUAUUUGGCAGCACGAAUCUGUGAGAGCCGAGUAUUUUCAAAAAUGAAGCACACCAAGAACAUUUGAGAACAAGAUUGACUGAUGCCCAUCUGGAUAACGUCCUGCUCUUGGCAUGAACAAGUCUGACACCCAAUAUUGAGAAGCUUUCAAGCAACAAACAGCAUCAAGUUUCACAUUGAUUUAUCGACUGUUUGCAUUAAAAUUUUCUUCUUUAUUAUACUUAAUUUACCACCAUUCAAUGUACCAUGUUUAUAUGUUUUAUGUUUAAAGAUUCUGUAUGUCCUUUUAAUAGAUUCAAAAGUUGCCUUGAUUGAAAUAAAUCGCAACUGACCUGA